AUUGCAGUCGGCCAUUUCAACUCCACCGGCAAACAUCACCGACAAGCAGUAACGGGACGGUGUCUGAGUAACAUCUGAAGAUGAAUGAGACCGCUCUUUCCUUCGCCAAGGACUUCUUGGCUGGUGGCAUCGCCGCUGCCAUCUCCAAAACAGCUGCAGCCCCCAUUGAGAGAGUCAAGCUUCUUCUCCAAGUACAACAUGCCAGCAAACAGAUCACCGCUGACAUGCAGUACAAGGGCAUCAUUGACUGCAUUGUGCGGAUUCCCAAAGAGCAGGGCGUCCUCGCAUUCUGGAGAGGAAAUCUGGCCAAUGUCAUCCGCUACUUCCCCACUCAGGCCCUCAACUUUGCUUUCAAGGACAAGUACAAGAAGAUUUUCCUCGACGGGGUGGACAAGCACAAGCAGUUCUGGAGAUACUUUGCAGGUAACCUGGCGUCUGGUGGUGCUGCCGGAGCCACGUCCCUCUGUUUCGUCUACCCCCUCGACUUCGCCAGAACACGUCUGGGUGCUGAUGUCGGCAAAACCGGACAGGGGCGUGAGUUCAAAGGCCUGGCGGACUGCUUGGUGAAAAUCUCCAAGUCUGAUGGCAUCAAGGGUCUGUACCAGGGCUUCAGCGUGUCAGUACAGGGCAUUAUCAUCUACAGAGCUGCUUACUUUGGUGUCUAUGACACAGCGAAGGGCAUGCUCCCAGACCCCAAGAACACACCCAUUGUCGUCAGCUGGAUGAUCGCUCAGUCUGUGACAGCGGUCGCUGGUCUUGUCUCCUAUCCCUUCGACACCGUUCGUCGUCGUAUGAUGAUGCAGUCUGGACGCAAAGGAGCCGACAUCAUGUACACCGGCACCAUUGACUGCUGGAAGAAGAUCGCACGUGACGAGGGCUCCAAGGCUUUCUUCAAGGGGGCCUUGUCCAACGUGCUCCGAGGCAUGGGAGGAGCCUUCGUGCUUGUCUUGUAUGAUGAGCUUAAGAAAGUCAUGUAAACGGUUUUUGUAUGUCCACUGUUCAUGUUGUGAAGUUUAACUGUAACAUAUCUUGUACAUUUGGAAGGACCUAAAUGCCAAACUAUAUUUAUAGGGACCAACUAGUAUGUUCUACUAGUUGAACUGGGGGAAUCUGUUUUGCGCUCUUCUCUUGGCCCCAUGCUUUUUCUUUUCUUUUAUCUCACCAGAAUGUCAUUCCCUCAACACAGGAACUUUGCCUAGAAAAAGAAAAAUAAACGCAACCUACCGAAUGAA